GUGCUCGUUCAUCGAAUCGCCAUUUUCCAGCGGCAGCAAUCGUUCGAGACGGACAAGUUGUUCUCCCAGAUUCUCUGUGGUCGCAUGCCAACGCAUCGACGGAAACCAAGAUUGCCAUGGCCAGAGGAUCCCCAACGCCUGAACAACGCCGAAUGAGCCACCGAAGGCCUCCUCGUCGUUCACGUCAACGAAAAACGUCCCCGUUAGCGCAUCAUCAUCGCGCAGACGCAGCGCAAUUAGCAACCGGAAUCCAGUUCACCGCCUUCAUCAAGGCCGCUGCACGUGAAGGUGACCGGCUACUGCAGCUGCGGAUCCCGUUUCUCAAGCCGAAUGAGCGGCGCCUUCCUCGACGGCCAGAACGCUCGCCGCAUCACCAAAGCACUGAAGCACCGAACAUCAUCCUGGACACGCUGCAGCUUUGGGAACGUGCCGAGCCAUCCGGUGAAUUACCGCCCCACUUGGAACAGGCUGUGUGCUCGGCUUGGUUCACUACGACUUGUACCAACCCGCCGCUUGUUGUAAGCUUCCCUUCGUCCAGACGCCGAAAUCACGUGACUAGUUGCUCUUCGCUGUCCCCGAUGCACGGUCGCAUUUCAAGCAGCGUGAACACACACUGCUCACCUCCGUUUAAGCCAAGACCGCCUGGGAGGUCAAUGCCCACCAAGCCGCCAGCGCGACUGCUUUCCUUCCGAACACCUGCACCUGCUGCAUUUCCUGCUGCCGACCCCAGGUCCUCUAUCCAUUCCGACGACAGCUGCGCGGGCGUCGCGCUGGUCCGUGCUGCAGCAGUUGCGCGCCUCAAGGAUGACGUAGAGGCUGCGCAGGCGAGGAAUGGCGACGCUGUUGAGGCUCUCCCAGUGGUUGCACUUCUCGCCCAGGAGAUUGGCGAGCCUGGCAAACAUCUGCUGCUGGCCCUGGGUCUGGAUUUGCUCGACCAUUGCCUUCGACAGGACUAUCUUUGCAGCUACCUCCUCGGCGCAACCAACUAGCCAUAUAGGCCUCCGCAGGAGCGUGCUGGCCGCACACGAGCCUGCGCCACCGCUAAAAAUGCCCAGCGCCCACCUUUUCCUUUACAGGAUUUCACAAUAUACAGGCAGCAGGAAUAAGGUAAUAGGCUAAAUGCAGUAACACAGCCGUACGCGGCAGACCUCAACCGUGAUAAAUAGGACAGCCUGAAUGUAGUCACGCACUCAUUCAACGGCAAAGUUGACGAAGAUGACGCGGCGGACCCCUCCGUGCCCUCCCUCGCAACCGGAGGAAAGACACCGGCGCCACGUGCCGGGUCCGAAGUAGUUGCCCCGCCACUGAAUGUGGAGUACCUCAGAACUCCGUGGUGCCAUCUUUCGUAUUGUGGCACUACCAUGGUUGCGUUUCCUUCUGUGUAGGCUGGCGCAGUGGCUGGCACACCAUGUCGGUGGACGAGCCGACUUCUAAAGAACAUAAAGAUUAGGCUUAAAUUGACGUUGUUGGAAUGUGUGAAGUAGUCUUUGUAGUAAACAUUUCGACUGUUUGUUAACAAGAGCCCACUGAGAUCAUCGGUCUAUAAGUGUACUGACCGCGUAUAUUCUUCCAUAUCGUACUUUACUGGACCUACUCGACGGAAUAAAAAAAAAAUAAUAAAACUUGA